AUGAGUACCUGCUGGGAAGCCGAGGAGAGCGUUCCACUGGGUGAGGAACCACCGCCAACAGCAACCGGCGGCGUGGAGGGUGAAGAGGAGGCGGAGGCGGCGACAGCGGCGGAGGUUGGAGAG